UCCUUAGUUCCUUACCGCUCUUUAGUCUUUCCCUGACACUUUUUUUGACCACUCGAUUUUGACAGUCUUCCUCUAAUGCUACUCAUCAUCUUCCACGUACCCUCGUUUUUAUUUUUUAACCGCAGUCAAGAACCUCGCCAACACGCUUGCUUGUCGUUUCUUGUGUACUUCAGUUUAACUGGAGUACAAAGCAACUCAAGAGUCUUGUCCGACUAAUGAAAAGAUAUUCUCAAAAAUUUCAUCACCUCAGAUCCUGAAACCUGCCCGCUUUUUGUUAGUGAAGUCAGGAGGUUGAUAGGGGUACUAUUGCAUUGAGAGAAAAGUAAAAGUGGGUUCUUGGGAUUUUGUGGAAUUAUGGAAAAGUAUGAGAUUGUUAAGGACAUUGGAUCGGGUAACUUUGGUGUAGCUAAGCUUGUGAGAGAGAGGUGGACUAAAGAACUCUUUGCUGUUAAGUUUAUUGAAAGAGGCCAAAAGAUUGAUGAACAUGUGCAGCGGGAGAUUAUGAACCAUAGAUCAUUGAAGCAUCCCAAUAUAAUCCGCUUCAAAGAGGUCUUGCUGACUCCUACCCAUCUAGCUAUAGUAAUGGAGUAUGCGGCAGGAGGAGAACUCUUUGCGAGGAUAUGCAAUGCUGGAAGGUUCAAUGAAGAUGAGGCAAGGUUUUUCUUUCAACAACUGAUAUCAGGUGUUAGCUACUGUCAUUCAAUGCAAAUAUGUCAUAGAGAUCUUAAGCUGGAAAAUACACUACUUGAUGGAAGUUUAGCCCCACGGGUGAAGAUAUGUGACUUUGGGUACUCCAAGUCAGCAGUGUUUCAUUCUCAGCCAAAGUCAACUGUAGGAACACCAGCUUACAUUGCACCUGAGGUGCUCUCUAAAAAAGAAUAUGAUGGGAAGCUCGCAGAUGUUUGGUCAUGUGGAGUCACGUUAUAUGUGAUGCUUGUUGGAGCUUAUCCUUUUGAAGAUCCCACUGAUCCAAAAAAUUUUAGGAAGACUAUAAUGAGGAUACUCACUGUCCAUUACUCAAUUCCUGACUAUGUCCGUAUUUCUGUUGAGUGUCGACAUCUUUUAUCUCGGAUUUUUGUGGCAAACCCUGAAAAGAGAAUAAACAUUGCAGAAAUAAAGAGACACCCUUGGUUCUUGCAAAACUUGCCUGUAGAAGUAAUGGAAGCUGGAAGCUUGCAAAGCAAUGAUAUAAAUACCCCAGCGCAAAGCAUUGAAGAAGUGUUGGCAAUAACACAAGAGGCAAGAACACUUGAGGUAGCCAAGGCUGGCCUGCUAUCUCUUGGCAGCAUGGACCUUGAUGACUUGGAUGAUGCUGACCUUGAAGAAGACACAGAAGCAAGCGGUGACUUUGUCUGCUCAAUCUGAGGCGGUGUGAAAAAGCAUGUUCUGUAAUUAGAUGUAAAAUCCUCCUGUUGUUACUCUGUGUUUGUUGGGCAUUGUAUCCAAAGAAAUGCAACGAGACUGCUCCGCUAUGCUUUACUGAAGCUGUGAUCGUUUUAUCUGUGCUUUAAAGGCUGGAACCAGAUUGAACAAAGUGUUAUAAGCUUUUGGUUGGAACAUAUAUAAGGGUCAUUAUUAACUGGUCACGAAAUCAAGUUGUUGCAGUUGACUAA